AUGAAGUUCACUUCUGUUCUCCUUGCUGGCCCAGCUCUUGUUGCUGGAAGAUAUCUCAGUGACGAGGUUACUUCUGGAACUUCAACUCACUACGGCGGCAAUGUCUCUGGGGGCAACUGUGGCUUUGUUUCCUACACGAUUCCUUCUGGCAUCUAUGGCACUGCUUUCUCUGGCCCCAACUGGGACAAUGCUGGAGUUUGUGGCAGCUGCAUCGAAGUCACCGGCCCAACUGGCAAGAAGAUCAAGGCCAUGAUCGUCGACAAGUGCAACGAGUGCAACAAGGGCCACUUGGAUCUCUUUGACAAUGCCUUUACUGCUGUUGGCGGUACAAACGGCCUAGUUCAGACCAGCUGGAGACUGAUUUCUUGUGAUAUCACUACUCCCUUGGUGCUUCGUAACAAAGAAGGCACCAGCGCCCACUGGUUCAGCAUGCAAGUCCGCAACAGCAAUCUCCCCGUCAAGAGCCUCGAAGUCAGCACCAACAGCGGAAAGACCUGGACCGGAACGACCCGACGUGACUACAACUUCUUCGAGAACCCCAGCGGCUUUCAGGUCGAUACCGUCGAUGUCAGAAUCACCAGCUCCACCGGCAGCACCAUCAUCGUCAAGAACGUCGGGGCCAAGCCUUCGACUGAAUACCCUGCCAGCGGUAACUUUGCUUAA